AUGGGCAAGGACCCCACGGUUCUGACUGUCCACACGGGGGGGCUGCGCCACGGCAUGACUCCGGAGAGAGCGACUUGCCUCGCUGCGGUGUGGGCGAGUCGGACGUGGCCUGGAGCGCAGCGGUUGCCCGCUGCGGCUGUCCGGGUGUGUUCCGAGGCGGUCCGGGAGCGGGGUCGUGGCCCGCUGCGGAUCGUGGCACAGAUCGUCCCGGAGCUGCGGGCGUGGCUGAGGGACGCGUUCAGAUUGAGUGGCGAGGCGCUCACCUCGGCGCUCACUAUGUCGACGCUCUUCGAGGCCGCACCCAGAUCACAACCGUGGCCGCACAACGUCUUGGUCACGGUCAACGAACAUGGGCGAGGAGCCCUCACCAGAGUGUAUAAGAAGGCGGUGGCCACGGCGGAGGCGGGCGGACGGGUGGUGAUGGUCGUCCAGGAGGCGCCGCGAGAAGGGGAGCCGAAGUCCUUCCGCGCCUACCAGAACCUGAGUAACACCGAGGUGGCAGUGGACGCGGUGCUCUUCUUCCCGGCCGGGACGAUCGCCUUUGGUCACGCGGCGGGAUGGACCAACGCUACGGAGUCGGCUUACGCGAACACCCACGCUUGGGCAGGGGGUGCCGCCAACCGGGAGUGCUUCGCCGUCACGCCCGACUAA